UGGCGAAUCCGUUCUUCUAUUUUCGUGGGUUUAAGGGCGAAGAAGACUUCUGAUUCUGAUUUCUGUUGAGAAACACAUCAAUCACCCGCAUCGAGUUAACACUCCGCAUCUUCUCCUGAUUUGUAAGACCCCCUUGUAAAAGAUGAUGAUGGCGUCCUUGCUCAACGCCCCAGCCAACUGUUACUUAUUUCAGCCACAAAAGGCGUCACUGUUAGCUGCAACUGGAACCAGUAGAGGAUUUUCUGGUAUCCAUCUGAAGCAGAGACUUCCAUCACCAGCUGUGAAGAAGAUGAUAAUGACCCCGAAGAUGUCAAUUUCAGCUGUCCCGGUUGAGAACCCUGCUACCUCUAAUACCAACAAGUUUGACAUUCAUAUCAUGGUAAAUGGUUGUAGUGGUAAAAUGGGGAAGGCCAUUAUCAGUGCAGCAGAGUCUGCUGGACUCAAUGUGGUUCCUGUUUCAUUUGGAUCUGCUGAAGAGUCUGGGCAAACCAUUCAAGUUGGCACAAAAGAGAUUCUAGUGCAUGGUCCUUCUGAAAGAGAAAUUACACUUAAAUCUCUUCUCAUCAAAUAUCCCGGUUUGAUCGUGAUUGACUUUACUGUCCCUUCUGCAGUAAAUGAGAACGCAGAGCUAUAUUGCAGAGUCGGAGUGCCCUUUGUUAUGGGAACAACUGGUGGUAAUAGGGAUCUGUUGUACAAGACUGUACAAGACUCAAAAGUCUACGCAGUAAUUUCCCCUCAAAUGGGAAAACAGGUUGUUGCGUUUCUUGCAACCAUGGAAAUAAUGGCUGAGCAAUUUCCUGGAGCUUUCUCUGGGUAUUCCCUGCAGGUGAUGGAAUCCCAUCAAGCGAGUAAACUUGACACAUCAGGAACUGCUAAGGCUGUUAUAUCCUGCUUCCAGAAGCUGGGAGUGUCUUUUGAUAUGGAUCAGGUCCAAUUGGUAAGGGAUCCCCAGCAACAGCUGGAGAUGGUGGGAGUUCCAGAGGAGCAUUUGUCUGGUCAUGCAUUUCACAUGUAUCAUCUGACUUCACAGGAUCAAACAGUUUCUUUUGAGUUUCAGCAUAAUGUCUGUGGUAGAUCAAUAUAUGCAGAGGGGACCGUUGAUGCUGUAAUUUUCCUUGCUAAACAGGUUCAUUUGAAGGCAGACAAACGGAUAUAUGAUAUGAGGGAUGUCCUGCGAGAGGGUAACAUGAGAUGAUGUUGUCUUUUCUCAAAGAGUUGCAUGUUGAUUAGUAAUUUGUCCUUCUGGAAGAGGAAGAUGGGGGAAUGAAGUUGGGAUGAGCAGUUUUGAGUCUUUUUUAUGUUAUUAUUUCCUUACCUGCUUAUCUUUUGGAAAACUGUCAGUACGCUUUGUAUACUAUGUAUUUCAAGCUUCGAACAAUAUUGCAGACGCAGAAUAUGAUGCUCUGUUCGCUAUCGCCUGGCUCUAAUCGUAUGUAAUACACAAUUUUACAAGCCAGACUCAGACAUCCCAACCAUUGCAGUUGCGCUAAUUGGUUGA